AUGCUCCGGCGCUUAGCACGAAAAAACUCAUCAAGCGGAAAAAAUAUAAUUGAGAAGUUCCUCGAAUUCAUCGAUUCACCUAUAUGGGUUUUGCCUAUCGCCAAUUUCAUAGAACAUCGUUCAGUAGUUUUCGACAGACAACAAGGAAGCAUCACAAUGUAUGAGAAAAUACAUAAGGAAUUCAUAGAGUUAGUGGACACCUUAACUGAAUGCUUUUGUGCUGAUUCGGGUAUUCCGGUGGAUUCUCUUCGUCAAGAGCUCAAAAACGCAGAAGCCGAUAAAUUAACGAUUCGGCAGAAGGUCUUUCCCAGAGUAAAAGUAAGCUUAUUUCCGAUUGCAGCCGCAGGAAACUUCAAUGUGUUCGUGCCUAUGAUGAUGAGAAAAAACGUUGAGCUGCAGCUACAGGCAUUGCAAAUGAUUGAGUUUAUGUGCGGCCUGAUUCCAUCUGUUUUACAAAUAGAAGAUGGCGAGACACUCAGGAACAAACCCCGACUUUUUUCACCAGAGGAAACCGAAAGAUACGUGUUGAUUGCAGUGAUGAGGCAAAGCAAAGAAGAGUUUGACAAUCUCAGUAAACUUGAACUUGAAGAAUUGGAAGAGUUGUUGCGUAGUAGUGAGGAAGAAAGGCGUCGUCUCGAGCAGGAGCAAGGCAAAGAACAAGAACUGUUCUCUCUAGCUCUCUCUCAAGCCGAAGAGUCUACGAAAAUAAUGGACGCUUCACCAGUGAGAAAAUCGAGCUCAGUGGGCCAUAGUGAACAGUCGUCGAUAAUUACACAUGCCGAGGUGAAAUCCAGCAAGGAGACCGAAACAAAGAGAAAUCGGGCAGAGGCCACUGAAAAUAAGGCUCUGAAAUCAUCUUUGCUUUCUCAAAAGGAUCAAAAAGAAAAUACGGAUGACAGUAUGACAUUGGCGAAGGUACAUGAUGUGGUUGGACACAAUGAAGAGAAAGAGGAAGAGAAAAAGUUGGUUAAUUCCGAUGACUUGUUCAAAGCUCAUAAAUAUUCAGUUUAUUUCAGGGAAAGCAAGCGGCCACCUACAGCAAAACGAGCCAAUACUCCUCAAAAAGUGGGGAAGAAGCCAUUAGUAAAAAGCGCAUCAGUAAAGGGAAGACGUGUAAGUGCAUCUGAAGGAUUUAUGAUGGGGCCCAGGAAUAUGGAGAUGACUAAUUUUGAGGCACUACUUCAAGAGCCAAAUAGGCUGAAUUCCGCUGCAGUACGUAGUCGUGAGGAAUACCUACGAAUGCAAAGAGACCGACUGUUGCAAAUGAAGGCCAUAGUACGCGAAAAACAGAUGAGUAGCCGUGAUGUUACGUGCGGGACUGGCUUGUCAAGACACUCCUCUGGGUACAGAUUCCAUCGAGCCAUCAACCAGCAACAUCAAAAACAACGACAACGACAACGAAGAUCUGUACCAACCUCGCGUAAGCUUAAGAAGAUCAGUUUAUAA